UCAAUUAUUCUUUGAUAUCUAGAGGGAUAUAAAUUCAGAAUAGUUAAUCUAAAUUUUAACAGCUUAGAUAAAACAUGCACUCAGUACCUGUGGCAGAGAUAUGCACCCAAUCCAAACCCCCUCCCAUUCUUCCCUUCUUCCUUUCAACCAAACCCACCGUUUCAUUUCAUUAACUCUCUAUUUGACAAAAGCAUUCGGCGCAAGAACAGUUUCAUUACGUCUUCUAUUCUCUAUCUCCGCAAGUCGCGCGCGUGUAUCUCUCUCUCUCUACAUGCAUAUAUAUAUAUAUAUAUAUAUAUCAUAUUCUGCAUCUCAAUGUCCUCCUCAGCCCCACGCAAGUACCGACCAAGUCCCCACGACCACCAAUCCACCACGCGCAGUCCGCUCCUCCUCCUCCUCCGCGGCCGCGCCCGAAUGCAUUGCUCUAGCACCACCACCACCAAGUUGAACUCUUAAGCUACACAAUUAGUCAUGGAACAACCUCAUCAGCCUAUGUCUCCUAAACCAGUGGUUAUUAGUAGCACCACUAACCAUCCCUUAACUAAUGAUCCGAGUUUACAAUCAACGUGGUCACAUCGAGCCUGGGUUGCAGCCGGUUGCACUACUGUGAUUGUUUCAUUGGCUGAGUGCAUUCGUCAAGCAACCAUCAUGCAAGUCUGGUUCGAACCGGUCUUGGCCGGUUGGCUUGGCUAUAUGUUGGCCGAUCUAGGCUCUGGCGUUUACCAUUGGGCUAUUGAUAAUUAUGGAGAUGAGUCCACACCUGUGUUUGGUCCUCAAAUUGAGGCUUUUCAAGGUCACCAUAAGUGUCCACGGGCCAUAACAAGACGUCAAUUUGCUAACAACUUGCAUAUAUUGGCUCGUGGAGUUACACUCACAGUGUUUCCUAUUGUACUUGUUUUCAAUGACCCAAAACUUCUUGGGUUUGUUGGAGUGUGUUCUGGUUGCAUUAUGUUUAGCCAGCAGUUUCAUGCCUCGGCCCACAGGACAAAAAGCCGGCUUCCGCCACUCGUGGUGGCAUUACAGGAUGCCGGAGUACUGGUGUCACGGUCGCAGCAUGCCGCCCACCCGGCCGCCUAUAACAGUAAUUAUUGCAUUGUGAGUGGAGCUUGGAAUGAGUUUCUGGAUAGGCAUAAGGUAUUUGAAGUGUUGGAGAAAAUAGUGUAUUCUAAACUUGGGGUUAGACCACGGUCUUGGAGUGAACCCAAUUCUGAGUGGAUGGAGGAGAUAGAGGCUUCUUAAAUUCCAGCCAAGUGAAAAUUUAACUACUGUUGUUUUAGUUGGCGUAAUAAAUAAUGAAAGUUUUAGUUUUUUUUUUUUGAGUUUUUUUAAUUAUCAUAUCUUUUAAGUUUAUCUUUUUUUUUAAUCAAUUUGGUCAUUUGAGUUUAUCUCAAUCAUCAAUGUGAUUCUUAUUAUUUAAAAAAAGUGGUAGUGCUAUUAAAAUCUGCUAA